AUGGCUCAAACACUCAAUCGAGUUCUAAUAACAAUAACUAGUGUAAAUGUGAAAUUUUGCACACUAGGACUUAAGACUAGUUAUUUUUGGACAGAAGUAUUGCAUCCUUAUGAAACAUUUAAAAAUCAUGAAUAUGAAGUAGAUAUUCUUAGUGAAACAGGUACAGUUGGUAUAGAUGAAUCGUCUUCUAUAUAUGCUCAAAUUGAUAGAGAAAGAGCACAAUUAAAAAAACCUGACGAUGUUGAUCCUAAUAAAUAUGUUAUUAUAUAUUAUUCAGGUGGUCAUGGAGCUGCCGUUGAUUUUCCAAAAGCUACGGGAUUACAACGUAUAGGUUCAUCUAUCUAUCAGAAUGGUGGAGUUAUUGCAGCUGUAUGUCAUGGUCCAGCUAUGUUUACAAAUUUAAAAGUAAAUAAUGAAUUAUUAAUCAAAGGAAAGAAAGUUAGGACAUUUCAUACAAGUGGUGAAAAAUUAAUGAUGCCUACAGAUAGAUUAAAAGAACAUAAUUUACUACUUAUGGAAGAUUUAUUGCGAGGUUUAGGAGCUGAUUGGCAGGUAAUUGCAUUAGAAAAUUUAUAG